AUGAUGUGUCUUGACGAUUCGAGGAGUCGAAAUCUGUACGAUUCGGACCACGACAGCGUGAGCAGCGGCGAGGAGAUCCCCGUGUGGGUGCGGGGCGAACAACGAUGGGUGUCCGGCGUCACCGAAGACACCACUUGUCAAGAAGUAGUCCAAGUGCUGCUGCACGACGAAGAAAGAAGGGGUAGACCCUUAAGUUAUUCGCAACAAUACCAAAUCACGGAGCGAUGGCGAGGGGUGGAACAACCCCUGGACGAUGUAUCGAAGAUUUUGGACAUAUGGAACGCUUGGGGAACCGCACAAACCGAGGUAAAAAUCUCGCUGAGACGAGUGAAACAGGAUUUCCAGCGACCGGCCAGUCGAAGAACCCGCUGCAGAUCGGAUUCGAGCACUUGGUCGGAUAGAAGCGCGUUCAAAACCAUCCACCCCAAGCGAUUGCAAUCGCUGCAAAACGAAAAACAACCCUCCAGCACCGAAGAGCUGCUGAAGUUAGUGCUCGCUCAAGGAGAGGUCAUAAGAAGGCAACUCAAAAAAUUGAGACAUAGCGAACACCAAAUAGGCUACUUGGAGGACAAAACGCACAGGGCUAGGGUGAGAAAACACGGCAGCAACUAUUUAUUGGAGACGUACCUCAAGGGGUUAUCGGAGGCAGUCGAUCCUGAACAGGACACUCUCAUAGCCGACAAGAACAGCGACAGCGGAGUCGUGACCGAAGGAGACAGCGAACAAUCCAACAAACAAACCAGAACCGCAGGGACGCCCUCGGAGAGGUUUUCGCCCUGCUCGCAGGACACCAACAAGGACGCCAAGGACGAGGAUUCCAGCUCGACGGUGAGCGAGGUGACGCUGAAGGAGCAGGCGGACUUGCUCGAAAAGAUCAACAAGCUAAACAGGCGGCUGCUGAAAGAGGAGGAAGCGUUGGUGAAGUUGGAGGAGAACUUCAAAAAGUACCAGAAAAGGGACGAGGAGAAGAGGGAGAAGAAGGAGAACGACGACGAAGUGGGCGAAACGCUGAGCAAACUCCGUACGGACAUGAUAAAGAGCUCGUGCGAGAUGCAACACAACGAGAUCGUGCUGGAGGAGACGAUGGAGAAACUGACGGAUAGGAGAUCGUUCUUGGAGAACUUGCACAAGGAGCUCGUCGACGAGGACAGGGAGCACGAGAUGCUGCAGACGUUGCUCUUCAGCAAAAUGCAGCAGAUGGAAAUCGAGAAACGGCGGAGCAAAAGUCAAUGUUUCUACCAAACCAAAGAAUUGUUGGAUACCCUAGUUUAA